CAAAUAUGCACCUGUCUCUCUUUAGCUAGCUAGUCAGCCCUCAGGUGAACAGCCAAAAGCAACACACACUGAGCGCUCGUUUUAUCGCUGGUGUUCUCCCUUCGACGGUUGGUCUGGCGGGGGAGGGGCGGGGGAAGUAGCGGCAGACAGCGAGAGACCGAGCCCGGUCUGCUGCUGUCUCUCCGUCUGGAAUAUUUCUGCCUUUUGCCGCAGAAAUCCUGCCGGACAGUCCCUGCGAUGUCCACUUUUCUGAGGCCCAUUAUCCGCCCCCUUUCCCCAGAUCUGGGGCUGUAAAUAAUUGUUAUAAAAAGGCGAGCAACAUGGCUGACAUACUGGCCCUGCAGAAACUGCUCGGUCGUUUGUCAGUGAGGAUUAUUACUGAAUAUAUAAAUUAUUUGUUUACUUAGCCAGUCAGCAAAGUGGUAGUCGAACUAGCAACCUGCUCCUUACUGGCAGAUGAAAUAAAGCAAACACGUGGCUAAAACUGCUGUCAUUGGAGAAUGAAAGCAGUAAAAACCUUCAUUUUAAACAUAGGGUUUGGUUUGGCACAGCUUUUCACAGAUGCGUUUGCUGCAUUUAUUUUUAAAUUCCCAUGCAUUGAAUGAAGUAACAACAGCGUGAACAGUGCUGUGAUUUUCAUGUUGAAGUUGCUGAAAGCUGAUUUGAAUGCUCCAGUCUGGUGACGGCCACGCCCCCUUUACCAACUCGUAACCAAAUGAAAUCAAAGGUCAGCUGCAGCCUGAUGGUGCAACUACAGCUCCAGCAGGCCUACCGACCGGCUGAUGCUCAUCUCAACUGAAGAUCAGAGUAGUGAAAGGUUACAGUGGUGUUGUUUUGUCUGUUUGUUUGUCUACUUGCGGUACCCAAAACUGUAUGAUUCCAAUAUAUCUGUAAUACAUCUGUCUUCCUACAGCAUAUAGGUGAGCUAUAUUCUCUUUUAAAGACACAGUUCACCCAAAUCACAAUAAAAUCAUGCUAUCCCUCGAACACAGUUUGGGUUUUUAUUUAACAUUUGCAUUAACUGAACAUCAAAGUGUUUUUUUUUUUUACAGCUUUGGCAUAUUUGCUGAAGUAAAAGAUGAUUCUCAGGACCAGUGAGGGAUGCUCCCAUAGAAAAAUCAAGUAUCGGGUCUGAUACUGUCGUCAUGUACUUGCACACUACUCCGAUACAACCUCACCCAAUACCACUACGGCAACGUGGCCGUUAACCUCUCGUCAGUUGGGCCUAAUAAAACGUUGCAACGACAUCCCGAUGCACAAACGGGUUGAAUCCAUCAUUUAUCUUCAGCUGCAGUGGAUGUGCAAGACAGGAAGUCCCCACUAAGUCUCCCAUCACUAGUCAUGUGACAGUCGGAGGGCAGCCAAAGGCUAUUCUUCAGUAGCAAAACAUUUUUCUAUGGUUACAGCUCUUUUAGUGUAGCAUGGAUGCUAUCAAAACAUGUUUCCAAUGUUAUAGCUCAGUUAAAGUUUCACAUGGAUACUAGCUAAAAACAUUUCUACAGUUACAGCUCUGCUACAUUGUAGCAUGUACGCUACCCACAAAUGUUUCCAAGGUUACUGCUCUGCUACAGUGUUGCAGAGCUGGUGAUGAAAUAAUCAAAUUAUUGAGAUUGAGAUGAGGCUUUUGUUUGUAUUGAAAAAAGUCAAAGUUUCAACCUGGCCAUAACUCAAAGAACACAGCCCGGUGUGCAAACACCGAGUUAGCACUUCAAAGUCUAGCUUUUUAAAUACAGAAACCAAAUAAAAUGAAACCAUGAGUUUUUGGCAAGUUGGGAGUUAAAGUACUAGAACUAGUCUUAAAAAACAAGACCACUCCAGCUUUAUUGUCCUUGUUGAAUCACGGUGCUGAAGUCUGAACGUUUUAACAGUUUGGGCAGUGCUAGGAGUUGAUAACAUCCAGAUGUUUUAGGGGGGACCAGAGAGAAAUGUAAUUUUUUUAGUGUGCGUGUGUGUGUGUGUGUGUGUGUGUGUGUGUGUGUGCACAAAGAACAAUGUCGUUUUUGCUCCCAGUGUCGGACUCUCCGGUUUCAGUCCAUUUGAAGUAGCGUCUUGGACAGAGUGAGUCGGGCAUUGCGCUGCCCCUCAUGACAACAGGCUAAUCAUGUGUUGCCCAGGGCAACAGGAGGGAAAUCAACACCAGCUGCAGCCAAAUGCUGCAAAAUGUCUGUUGUUUCUGAGCCUGUUUGAGUUUUCAAUGUGUGCUCUGAUAAAACGUUCAUAUUUCACACAUUGUUUAAAAGCAUAAAAUGAUGAAGCAAUGACAUUUUGGACAGACGUGGAUGUAAACUCAACUCGACUGGUUGGCGAAGACAUGCAACCGAAAGGCAGUUAAUCUUGCCUCUCCGCACAUGUUGGAGCUUCACACCAGCUCUCUGAGCGUCUCCAUCGCUCUGUUGUCAUCACGUUGAUAAGUUAUUAAACUUCAUGACAGGUGCUCGUAUAUGAGGUCGUGUAUAUAUGUCAAUGGUAUAACCAAUAAUAUGGAAGUUUAACUUAUUUUACUGGCAUUGUUCACUGAGAGCCACAGUCCUGCUUUCAGAUCAAUCGUCUUUGAAUGUGGUUGAGUGGUUGACUUUGUAUUUUUUCUGUCACAGGUUUGGUUCGGCAGAUGGGCCGGAAAACUUAAAAGCUGGAAACCUGCUGAACAUCAGCGCUCCUGAAUACUGGAGACAGGCCCUGGACAGGUUUGUGUUGUAGCUGUGUGGCCGGGCAGCCUGGCUGCCUCCCUGCCUCCAGAUGAAUGAAGAGCACUCCGGGACACAGAGACACAGCUGAUGCAGGGCAUGCAAGUGUUUCUGCAAACAUGAUGAAGAAGAAGAAUCCUCAUAAGAAACACAAGAGCAGUCUGGGGCCGACCACCAAAGUUCUGUCGCAGCCUCAACGCAACGUCGUCGGCUGCAGGAUCCAACACGUGUGGAAGGAAGGAGGAGGACACGUAGUCUGGAAAGGAUUGGUGCUCGACCAGGUGCCAGUGAACCCGUCGCUCUAUCUGGUAAAGUACGAUGGUUUCGACUGCGUUUAUGGUCUGGAGCUCCAUAAAGACGAGAGGGUUCAGGGACUGGAGGUGCUCCCGGACAGACUGGCUAAAUCCCGUCUAACAGAUGUCAACCUAGCGGACACCAUGAUCGGUAAAGCUGUGGAGCACAUGUUUGAGACGGAGGAGGGUCCAAAAGAGGAGUGGAGGGGGAUGGUGCUGGCCCGGGCUCCCAUCAUGACCACCUGGUUCUACAUAACCUACGAGAAAGACCCGGUCCUCUACAUGUACCAGCUGCUGGACGACUACAAAGAGGGAGACCUCCGCAUCAUGCCCGACUCAAACGACAGUGUCCCGACGGAGAGGGAACCUGGCGAGGUGGUGGACAGCCUGGUGGGCAAACAGGUGGAGUACGCCAAAGAGGAUGGUGGCAAACGAUCAGGCAUGGUCAUCCACCAGGUGGAGGCCAAGCCCUCCGUCUACUUCAUCAAGUUUGACGACGACUUCCUCAUUUACGUCUACGACCUGGUCAAAACCUCGUAAGACUUAACCCUAACUAACCCUUGUGACAGAAACAAAACGCAGCACAUGUUGAAACAUCACAAGCCCUUGUUCCUCAGACCAUCAAAGAAAACUCACAAAAGGAAUUCACACAACAGAAAGAAGACAGGAUAGAUACUUCCUGAGAAUCGGCAUUUGUCCGUGAAUGUUUCAGAUGGGAAAAAAACAAACAGCUCGGUGACAUUAAAGACUCUCAUCCGGACCUUCAUAAACCCUUAAAAUAUACAAACGUCGGCCACGGUUUUAUUACUCUUACAAGGUCCAAAAAUUCAGUUUUACUCUAGAAAAAUAUUUUGAGAGGAUACAACUUUGUCGAAUCUGAAAUUCUAAACAAUAAUUACCUGACCCCUGAAAUGCUUUCAUGAUUUUGCCAAGAGGUCCGUAUGCCUAAAGAAACUGAACCGUCAAAUUCAUUUUCAGUGUCUGAUUUCAUCCAGUGGGCUGCUGGUAGAGGAAAAGGUGUCAUCGAAAAGUUCGAUCGUACUAAAGAACUAAUAGAUGACAUAAGGAAUGUGGUUUGGAGCGGCUGGCAGCGUGGAAACAUGACGAUACUAAAAGUCCUCGAAGAUUUGUUGUCACGUUUUCGACUUCAGCAAAGACCGAUAAUAAUAAUAAUAAUAAUAAUAAUAAUAAUAAUUUACUAUCUGAUAGUUAUCUCAUAGUUUUGACUUCAUCAUUGAUUUAAAAAAAACAAUUUGACUUCUCAUAACUUUGUAUUAGUUAGUAAAAUCUUUUUACUCGAAUUAUUUAAUAAUUCUGAAUAUUUUAUUGGCCGUUCCUAACACGUCAUCUUUUUCCUCUUGGUCCCAGUUUAACCUCAGUGUUGGACUUGAGAUACUUUCUGAAGAUUUUGGGAACCUAUGGGGCAGAAAAAAUAAAAGAAUCACACUCAAAAGAAACUUUUAAUGUUUCCCAAAGCGUAAUAUAUACGGCCCUUUUGUCCCAAUGAAGUGGGCCAUCUGUCCCAGCUGUUGUACAGAACCAAACCAAACCGGUUCCUUCAUCAUGUGCUACAAGCUCAUCUCAACAACUCCAGCUGAAAUA